AUGAAUGACAAGUCCGACGGGGACUCUGAUCCAGAGGAGAACAACGCUGCGGGAACUGCUACUGCUGCCUCGCCGCCGCAAGUGUCAAAAACGUCGACCUCAACGUCUUCUUCAGGAGGCUUCCAUCACCACCUGACCUUCCCGCACGUCGCAAAAAUAUUCGUCAAGCUUCGACGCGUCCAAAAGAAGGUCAAGGCGCAUCACAUCGACUCCUCCUCAGGUGACGAACCCCAAACGCAUUCUUCCUUGCUUAAUGCACAUGGUGGGUUGGUACCAGAGGUGAUGAGGAAGUUGGCGAGGCUGGAGAUUCAAGAGGAGUUUGUUUGCUUGGAUGGUGUGGAUGUUGAGAAGCUUUUGAGAGCGAGUCGGCUGGCUUUGCUUGAGCAUGCCAGUCCGUUGCUUGCGAAUGUGCUUGUUGAUGAGCAAUGGACAAGCUCAAUUUGUGGUCCAAAACAUAGGAGUGACGGCAGCUUCAGGGUACAUAUCCGAUACGCCGCUACCGCCGCCACGCGAGAUUCAAGUAGGAGAGAUUCGAGACAACCCAUAGCGCUCGAAAAAGCGAGUGGCGUACCGGGGUUAAUGACGAUUGCGAGUCGGGAGACCGUGGCGUUGAGUGUGGUUAGUUUGUUUGAGGAGGUUAGGAUUGCGACACAGAGUUAA